CUUUCCUCUUUCUUGUUCUUUCUUUUUCCUUUCUUCAAAAAUAAAAUCUGCAUAAUAACAUGUCUACCGAAGUCCAUGGAAAAAACGCCUUUCAAAACAGAGGAAAGCAUCAUUCAGCUUCAAAUACCAACACCACUAGCGCAGCAACGAGCAACGGUUCGACGGCAAAGCCAGCACGGUCCAUGUCUUUGACGACCAGAGAUAAACUUUUGGAUAUGGCACGAGAAGAAUAUGCACGACAAUUAUGCAAGUUUACCGAAUCUCAAAUGAAGAAACAACAGCGGAUGACAACAUCACCUUCAAUGACGGGGAUGGACAGAAAAUCAAGCAUCAUGUCGUUUGAUCGCAGCUGAUCAAUCAAACAAAAUAUGCUGCAGCCGCACGCGUGCUUUUGCCUGCGACAUACCCUCAAUGUAUUUACAAGUGUUGCUGAAAGGGAGGGGAGCAGGAUUGUUUCACGGGUUUUCUGAUCGACGAUCCAUUGCAGCGCUUGUUCGAUUAUAUGCAUUAAGACUGUGUAGUUGCAAUAUUGCUACUUUAUAAAAUCCACCAAUUAUAAUAACACGAUACCUUUUCAUAUAUUGCUCUAAU